AUGUCACUCGGCUGCUGUCAUGUGACCUCAUGCAGUCAGCUGGAGGACCCGAGGAGGACCAGGACCAGAAGGUUAGCGGAACAUAUUCACGAACAUGCAGGAGAGUCCAGAUCGUCUAAAUCCAAAUAAGAAAAUAAACAAGUGCCUUGCAGAUGUCUGCCUCCUCCACCCCUUCCGUCCUCCUGAAUACAGGGGCCCAGAUGCCCCUCUUGGGUUUGGGGACCUACACGUUGCAGAAACCCGAGGAAGUGCAUCGCGCUGUGGACGUCGCCCUGUCCGUUGGUUACCGGGCCUUUGAUACCGCUACCUACUAUGAGAACGAAGCCGCCUUGGGCCGAGCCCUGCGGGAGCUCCUGCCCAAACAUGGCUUAACCAGAGAAGAUGUGUUCAUAAUAACUAAGCUGCAUCCUAAGGAUCAGGGUGAAAAGGCCAAGGAAGCAGCCCUCCUCAGCCUGUCUCAGCUGGACCUGGGCUAUAUCGACCUUUACCUGAUCCACUGGCCUGGCACGCACGGUGUGCCCGAGACCGAUCCAAGCAACCCAGUAAAUCGAGCUAAGAGUUGGGCCUUACUGGAGGAGCUGCAUGGCCAGGGGAAGCUCAAGGCCAUAGGAGUGUCCAACUACACACCAGCACACAUGAAAGAAAUGAUGCAGAGCUGCAAAGUCCGUCCUGCUCUUCAUCAGGUGGAGUUUCACCCACGGCUGUGCCAGGCAGAGAUGAGGAGGCUUUGUAAGGAGUAUGGAGUGUGUUUCCAAGCGUAUUCCUCUAUAGGGCAAGGAGACCUGGUCACCAACCCUGUCGUCAUGGAGGUUGCAAAGAGCUGCCAGCGUACACCUGCACAGGUCCUGUUGCGCUGGGCGGUGCAGCAGGGCGUCCCAGUGCUGCCCAAGUCGUCAAAUCCAGAGAGAAUCGAGGGGAACGCAAAGAUCUUUGACUUCACAUUGAGUGACGCGGACAUGGACAGGCUCUCGGCUUUGGACUGCGGACACAAGUACUGCCCUGAUCCUUCAAAGGUGCUCUGAAAGCCAGAUUUGAUAUGCAAAAGGUGUUUAAUGAACCAUUUAUGGGGAAAAGUGCUUCAGCGCAAAUUUAAAAUUGUGUCUUUCUGUGAAAUUUAGAAUCAUGUGGUUUUUAACCAACUAAUCAGUGAAGAUCACGGUAGUAACAUUUCUCAGACUAAAUCCAGGUCAGGCGUGGUCUUCAAGGUCCACCUCUGCACGAACUCUGAGCAUAGCUGCUUUAUUAGGUACCACGAAUAAGUGUCCUACUGUUAUCUAAUGUGAUAAGCAUAUGAAUCAGCACUUAUGUUCUAAUGGUCUAAAAUACAUUUCUACAUUUCUUUGCCAAUUCAAUUUAUUGUAACUUCAUUGAACUUGAUUUUCUACAUGAAAAAUAAAAAAAUGAUAAUUAUAAUAAUAAAUCAUCUGCAAAUAA